AUGCAAAAACCGUCAUCUUCUCCGACCUCUCCGACCUCUUGUGUAUGGAUUUCGACCCACGCCGCGAUAAAACCACCUUCCCUUCGCAAAAAAAUUACUUACACUCAACAAACCACUCUCUUUUCUAAAUCGAAAAAAAUGGCAAAUAUACGUGAUCAAGACGGCAACCCGAUUCAACUAACAGACGAGCUCGGCCGCCCAGUUCAACUCACCGACGAGUUCGGCCGCCCCAUGCACCUCACUGGUGUCGCUACCACCGAAGAUUCAGGCCUUCAUGCCGGCACAACAAUCGGUUCUGAUCUUAAGACGCAUGAUGGUACCCACGUUGCUCCAACGAUCCCCGAGGCAGUGCCUGGUGGUGUCGGAGCUGGAACGGCAGUUCCUUGUGGUGGUGAAGGUGAAAGGCGGGAGAUUGGACGCUCAGGAAGCUCAAGCUCCAGCUCGUCGGAGGACGACGGGCAAGGAGGGAGGAGGAAGAAGAAGAAGGGGCUGAUGCAGAAGAUAAAGGAAAAGCUUCCAGGACAUAAGAACAAGGAGGAGAAAGCUCCGGAGAAGGUGUACACAGCUACUACGAAAAUAAGUGUGACGACGCCGGCAGGGCCGCUGAAUGAGCCAAAAACGGAGUUCGUAAGGGUGGAGCACCAUGAGGAGGAGCACGAGAAGAAGGGUUUGAUGGAUAAGAUUAAGGAUAAACUCCCCGGCCACCACUCUCACUAG